GGAAAAGAUGUGUGUAAUGAGGGAAUGUUUUAAAGCAGGAGGGAGUGUUCUGCAGUCCUGGGACAGACUGGAGCAGCAACUCAGACACAGAACUACAGGGGCACUUGUAAAGAGCACACAUCUUCCCAAACUCUCUGACUGGAAACAUCAAGAACUAGAAUGAGUUUCAGGGUGAGCCUGUUGUUCCUGACCAUGACCGUGGUGGUCAUAGUCUGUGGUCAGAGGAGACGCCCUGCAAAAGAGGAGUGGAACUACCGUGACGGCUCUGAGAAAGUAAGCAUGCGAGGAGUUGCAAAUCUGACUCAAGUGCUUGAUGACUGGAGGUUUGACAUCCUGAGCCAAGUUAAAGGACUCCUGCAGAACGACCAUCAGUCCUUGCUGCCUGACUACUCCAGGAUCCAACCUCUCUCUGAGGCACUAGAUGACUUGUUCAAAGAGUUCAAUGCCCUGAAAACUCAUCUCGGUGAGCUGACAGAGAAGUUUGGACCAUUGGAAACCUUUAUCGAUGAACUGAAGACCGAGAGGGCCAGCGCGAGCGCAGCACCUGCUAACCCUGUGCGCAGACGGGUCAUUAAGAAGGCGCCUGUUGUCUCCUAAAAAGCUCUGUGCUCGAGUAGAGCUGGGUCUCUCUUAACAGCAAACGACUAUCAUAUAGAUUCGUUUCGCAGUCUUUCUUUGAGCUUCUCACUCUUUUGGCAUCUUGUUGCUGUAUGUUGCUGGGAAACAGGUAAUAAACAAUAUGCUGAACUUGGUGAAUGUCCCUCUAUGUGGUUUAUCUGAAAGCAGCAAUUUAAAAUGUGACAGCCUGCUCAUAAUUACUGUUGCAAAAAAUAAAAGACACAGCUGUUACCAUGGGACUUUAUUCUUAGAAUACCUUCUAUUACUCCUAAUCAAAAAGAAACAAAUAUGCAUUUGGGUGACACUUUAGUUUAGGGUCCAGUUCUCGCUAUUAUCUAGUUGCUUAUUAGCAUGCAUAUUAUUGGCUGUUAUAUUCAUACUUCUAAAGCACAUAUUAAUGCCUUAUUCUGCAUGACCAUAUUCUACAUCCCUUAAUCCUAUCCAAUAUCUAAACUUACCUUAAUAACUAUUAAUAAGCUGUAAUUAGGAGUUUAGUGAGGCAAAAGUCAUAAUUAAUAGUUACUUAAUUGUGAGAAUUGGACCCUAAUCUAAAGUGUUACCCGCAUUUGUUAUUCAGAACAAGAGUAUUUAAUUUCACUGACUUUAAACCUGUAGUUGGAAUUAGUCUGUAUGAGUAUAUUCAAAUAUGCAUGACUGUCAGUGAAGUGAUAUGUGGUAUUUGUAGCUCUCAAAAUGAUCAAUGACUCAUGCAGGUUUAAACUGAUUAUGUACAAGUUAAGAACAUUUCAGGAACAAAAUAAAUUGUGUUGUUCCAUUGUAUAUUUAUGCUUAUAAUCUGAUGAGCAUGGUAAUUAGAUGCUUAAUAUCUCUUGGCUCAUAUUUGCCAUCUCAUGUAAGCUAUAAUAAAUUCAGUCUGUUGCAUUCA